AGGUUACGCCAUGAGUGCAACCAUUGUCGCAGAGCCCAACGUUUCAUCCAUCGUCAUCAUCGACAGCCAGGGAGAGAGAAUUGCCGCUCGCUACUUCACAGACGACCUCAAGACGUUGCAUGCCCAGCAGCAGUUCGAGAAGAGCCUCCUGUCCAAGGCUCUCAAAUGUUCCUCACAGUCUGAAAGUGACAUCUUGCUCUUCGACGGACACAUAGCGGUCUUUCGCGAGGGCAAGGACGUGUACUUGUUUGUGACGGGCGAUCAGAACGAGAACGAGAUCAUCCUCGUGGAGGUGCUCAACGCUCUCUACAACGCCUACGCCUCCCUCCUUCCCGGCGGCUCCCUCGACCGGCACACCAUGCUGGAGAAGUUAGACAUCGUGUUGCUGGCGCUCGACGAGAUAGUGGAUAGCGGAGUCAUCCUAGAGAUCGAACCCUCCGCCAUUGUGAACCGGGUGGGCAUGCGAGGAGCGGACGCAGCUCCUGCUCCAGCAGGCAUGAUGCCCUUGCAAGCCCAGACGCCGCAGCAGGCGCUGCUUUCUCUCAAGGAGCAGAUGACAAGAGCCUUCAAGUCCACAGGCGGAGGGUUCUCAGGGUCGGGAUGAGAGGAGUUGAGGAGGCAAGAGUGAGGAGGAGGAGACGGUUUGUCUAGGUAGGCCAGGGAGGGAGGGCAAGCACAUGUCAGAGCCUGAGGCAAGUCAACGGCUAGAUGGUCCAACGCAUCUGUUGACAAACAAUAAAGAUCAUCAUACAUCAC